AUGGGUGAUUCUUCAAAUCAAAAGGCAAGAGUUGAAGAUGAAAGAUCUGCCUCUCAAGAACAAUUAACCGCACAAUAUACCACGAACGACGAACCUUCACCGACCGAUCCCGCGCCCGCGCCGCCACCAACGAUGUCGAAAGGCGAAGGUAAAGCCCCUGCAACUGAAUCAUCCUCCGAAGCUCAAGAAUCCCGACCAACCCGAGCACGACUUGGUUCCGUAGCCAUCGGCCCCUCUACCGAAUCGACCCAUGUAAUGCCAGCAUCCACUGCUGUCGAUGCUGGGCCUGCGCUCACCAUUACUCUGUUACUUGGAUCUGGCGCCCGCCAUCCCUAUAAGAUCGACGAGAAAUAUUUAACCAAACGAGCUGUUACGGUACCAGGUGUUACGGAAGAUGGGAAGAAGGAUCCUCUUAGCAUUAGUGUAUAUACGCUGAAAGAGUUAAUAUUAAGGGAAUGGAGGGAAGAAUGGGAAACGAAACCGAGUAGUCCGAGUAGCAUACGAUUGAUAUUCUUUGGAAAAUUGUUGGAUGAUAAGGAAGCUUUGAAAGCAUGUAAAUUCAAUCUCGAGACAUCAAAUGUGGUACAUAUGACUAUUAGACCGCAAGACAUAGUUGACGAGGAAGAUGCAUCGAAAGCGAAAUCGACGAGUCGAGGAAGAGAAGGUGGUGAAAGUCAUGCCGGGUGCAGAUGUGUUAUACUCUGA